AUGGUGUUAUCUGAGUUGUUCAAUCUCAAGAUGGAUGGAAGCUGGGAUGGAAACGAGUCAGAUGACAGCUCUCAACUCGAGCGAGGCGUAGACCAUAUCUACGAAGCAUUCAUCUGCCCGUUGACGAAGGAGGUGAUGCACGAUCCCGUCACUCUAGAGAAUGGUCGAACGUUCGAGCGUGAAGCCAUUGAAAAAUGGUUCAAGGAGUGUCGUGACGGUGGGAGACCUCCGUCUUGCCCUCUAACUUCUCAGGAGCUGAGUACCGCCGAUGUGAGCCCGAGCAUAGCUCUGCGUAACACGAUCGAGGAGUGGAGAUCCAGGAACGAUGCAGCCAAGCUUGACAUUGCUCGUCAGGCGCUGUUUCUAGGAAACGCCGAGACGGAUAUCUUGCAAGCAUUGAUGCAUGUGAGACAGAUCUGCAGGAGCAUCCGAUCAAACAGGCAGGGCGUGCGCAACUCUCAGCUUAUCCGUAUGAUCAUCGACAUGUUGAAAAGUAACAGCCAUAAAGUGCGGUAUAAGGCUCUGCAGACUCUUCAGGUUGUCGUUGAAGGAGACGAGGAGAGCAAGGCGAUAUUAGGGGAAGGAGAUACCGUGCGUACGCUGGUGAAGUUCUUAUCACACGAGCCGUCGAAGGGGAGGGAGGCAGCUGUUUCCUUGCUCCUUGAGCUCUCCAAGUCGGAAGCUUUGUGCGAGAAGAUUGGUUCCAUUAAUGGAGCACUUAUUUUAUUGGUUGGUCUGACGAGCAGCAACUCAGUGAACGUCUCGAUUGUUGAGAAAGCUGAUAGAACAUUGGAAAACUUGGAGAGGUCAGAGGAGAUUGUUAGGCAGAUGGCUUCUUAUGGUAGACUCCAGCCUCUUCUAGGAAAACUCCUUGAAGGUUCACCUGAAACGAAGCUCUCCAUGGCUACCUUUCUUGGGGAGCUUGCCUUAAAUAAUGAUACCAAGGUUCUUGUGGCUCAGACUGUGGGAUCUUCUCUUGUGGAACUUAUGAGAAGUGGUGACAUGCCCCAACGGGAAGCUGCCCUGAGAGCUCUUAACAAGAUCUCAUCGUUCGAAGGGAGUGCUAAGGUUUUGAUCAGCAUAGGGAUCAUCCCCCCACUUAUCAAAGAUCUGUUCUACGUAGGGCCAAACCAACUUCCGAUUCGGUUGAAAGAAGUCUCUGCCACUAUUCUCGCAAACAUAGUGAACAUUGGAUAUGACUUUGACAAAGCGACUCUUGUCUCAGAAAACAGAGUGGAGAAUCUGCUGUAUCUAAUUAGCAACACGGGUCCAGCGAUCCAGUGCAAGCUGUUGGAGGUUCUUGUUGGACUCACCACUUGCCCUAAAACAGUUAUACACGUUGUUUCCGCGAUUAAAACCUCCGGCGCAAUCAUCAGUUUGGUUCAGUUUGUAGAGGUCCGAGAGAACGAUGAUUUGCGUUUGGCUUCCAUAAAGCUUCUCCAUAACCUCUCCCCGUUCAUGAGUGAAGAGCUAGCCGACGCCUUACGUGGCACCGCUGGACAACUCGGGAGCCUUGUUGCGAUCAUUUCAGAGAAGACACCAAUCUCCGAGGAACAGGCUGCAGCCGCUGGGCUCUUGUCUGAAUUGCCGGAGAGGGAUUUGGGCCUUACUCGGGAAAUGUUAGGAGUCGGUGCUUUCGAGAAAAUCAUCUCCAAAGUGAUUGGAAUCCGGCAAGGGGAGAUCAAGGGAAUGCGGUUUGAGAGAAAUUUCCUGGAAGGGCUUGUGCGUAUACUUGCUAGGAUCACUUUUGCAUUCAACAAUGACCCUCGGGCCGUAACCUUUUGCCGUGAGUACAACGUCGCUUCGCUCUUCAUCCAUCUGCUUCAGUCCAACGGUCAAGACAAGAUCCAGAUGGUCUCUGCCAUGGCUCUAGAGAAUCUUUCGCUAGAGUCUAUAAACCUGUCACGGAUGCCCGAUCUGCCUCCUCCAAACUACUGUGGCUCCAUCUUUUCAUGUAUGAGCAGACCGCACGUUGUAACCGGGCUGUGCAGGAUCCACCAGGGAAUAUGUUCGCUGAGGGAAACGUUUUGCCUUGUGGAAGGAGAAGCCGUGGAGAAACUAGUGGCUCUGUUGGACCAUGAAAACGACAAAGUGGUGGAGGCGUCGCUUGCAGCUCUUUCGAGCUUAUUAGAAGACGGGUUAGAUGUAGAGAAAGGGGUCAAUAUAAUCGAGGAGGCGGACGGGAUACGGCAUAUACUAAACGUUCUGACAGAGAACCGAACAGAGAAGCUGACGAGGAGAGCGGUCUGGGCGGUGGAAAGGAUCUUGCGGAUUGAGGAUAUAGCAAGAGAGGUCGCAGAAGAACCGAACGUGGGAGCUGCGCUUGUGGACGCUUUCCAAAACGCUGAUUUUAGAACGCGGCAGAUCGCUGAGAACGCGUUGAAACACAUCGAUAAGAUCCCAAACUUCUCAGCACAUCCGCUAUUUGAUUUGUUUGUUUACAUCGUACGCUGGAAACUGGAAUCAUUUGAUCAGCCUCAGAUUGUUGAGGGAAUCUUUGCUUAUUAA